GAAAGUAAAGGUGGAAAACGAUUGGGCGUCUGAGAGGUGGAAUUGCUCUUUUUUCCUCUGGUCGCUAAUAGAUUUCGACUGCGGAUGGAUGUAACGUAAUCGUAGUUAUCCCCGGCCAAGUGCAAAGUGACUGCACAACGACUCCCUACCUCGACUACCUAAAUUCCAGCUCGAUGGCUUCCAUACUGCGUCCCAGCGCCAAGUGCAUUUUUCAGACUCCACAUCCGCCGGUUUUCCAGCCACCAAGCGUAGUAAACACACAAAUCUCGCGAAGAAUCGAAGCUCGAAGACGCGCUCGUGGUUCGAUUUGUCUAUCUUUUGCGCCGUGGACGCUGAGUGAAAUUUCACUUUCUACCAGAACUCGCUAAAUCCAAGAGAUCUUGUGACGCAGAGUUUCCGUGGCGGAACACGAGCAUUGCGGAUGCACUUUGCACCGGAGCGUGACUAGUGGAUUUGAAAAGAACUGAGAGUGCUAUGUGAAGUGUGGUUGGUUAAGUGUUGCAUCUACCCUUGUUGUUGUGCUGCGUAAAAUGGAACCCAACUCAAAAUAAAACGGCUCAGGAUUAGUUGCUAAUAAAAUGGGACAAGAGAAAUCUCUACCGGAUUGUUGCAACUAUAAACGAGAACACAAAGAUUCCACCAAAUCCAACAGCAGAAAAACAUUUUCCCAUAGCAAAUACGCAAAUCGAACAUUUCCACCACUACCAGCUCCGCAUCACAGUUCGAAUACACAAUACAGUAACUCAGAGAUAAGAGACCUUAAUUGUUUGGCAGCUUCCAAAUCUUAUUCUUUGAAGCACAACUCGACAUCUUCUACCAUAUCUUCACUUUCAAAACAAAGCAAGGACACCCAGAAAGACUAUUUGGAACAUCAUUUGUACAUAAAAUCUUACCUGGACAUUCUGGACGAGGACAACAAAGCCAAAAAGAAGUUCAAACCAGCUCGUCCUGGAAUACGCAACUAUACACCCAAGAUUCUAUCGAAUCAACAGAAGAGUCGGGAACAGAAUGAGAUCUGGAUUUAAUUGAAUGCAGAUUUCAGGAUGGCUCUUAUGGU